AUGAAUUUAAGGAUUUUUGAUAAAACCAAAACUGCAUCAAGACGUUUAAAAAGUCCAAAGGUUUUCAAAACUGAAGGCAAUUAUUAAUAACAGACAAGAGAUAACAAAAGUAGAUAUCCUCAUUAUUAAUAGAUGAUAACUAAAACAAGACAAACUCGUUCGUAAAUGGCAAAUUUGGAUUGGGCAAGAGAGAUUAUAGUGAGAAUUAGUCAUAAAUUACACAAAAGAGUAAAUAAACUUAUAACUAAAGGAUUGAUUGUUAAUAAUUAUUCACAAUAAACUAGACAAUAAUAAUAAUAAUUGAACCGCACUCACACUAAAUACAAUACCUUUUUAGACUCGUUCUUGAAAUUAAAUAAAUCCAAGGAGAUGAGCAGAGUGCCUGUGAGAAAUAGAAAGUAAUUAUGGCAUAAUUAUGUAAGUAAAUAUCUCACUUAAACACAAAAGGUUAACCCUGAAUCAUUAGUUCCAGAGAGAAGAGUUCAAAGCUAGAUAAACAUCUUGAAAACAGAAGAAACCUAUAAUAAAAAUAGAUCAACUUCUUCUUUAUGUGGUCUUGAACCUCAAGAUACAUUCCAUUUUAAUCUAAAAUUUAGUCAUAAAACAAGAUAAGGUUAAAUAGCCAAUAACCCAAGCAAAGUAAAUUAAGACAUUUUUUAUUGUUAAACCAAUUUCAUAGAAAAUCUGCAUUUAUUUUUUGUUUGUGAUGGUCAUGGUCAAAAUGGUCAUCUAGUAUCCAAUUUCAUACAAACUCAUUUACCAAAUACUAUUCAAAAAGAUAAAUCAUAAUUGUAAUCUCACUAAAUAAAAGAAACAAUUCAGAAAUGUAUCUAAAAUGUUUCUGUCAAUGUUAACAAACAACCCUUUGAUACUAACUUCAGUGGUUCUACAUUGAAUGGCAUUAUAUUGUUGGAAAAUGGUAGAAUUCACUCAUUUAAUGUUGGUGAUAGCAGAACAGUCAUUGGCAAAUUAACAGGAUAUGGUUCCAAAUUUAAACCUUAUUAAUUGUCAAUCGAUCAUAAAUUAACCAUCAAAAAAGAGUAAUACCGAGUAAUCUCAUCGGGAGGCAAGAUUGAUACAUUCUAUGAUUAAAAUGGACCUUUGCGAGUUUGGGUAAAUGGAACCCAAUAUCCAGGUUUAGCCAUGAGUAGAAGUAUAGGAGAUUAAGUAGCCUAAUCUAUUGGAGUUAGUAGCAUUCCAGAUAUUGUUGAAUAUCAGUUGGGAUUGAAUGAUAAAUUUAUCAUCAUUGCAUCGGAUGGAGUAUGGGAAUUCUUAGAUAAUUAAAUCGUUGUUGAUAUUGUUGGGAAAUACUAUUAAUAAAAUAACAUUGAAGGAGCUAGUGAAGAAUUAAUGAGAGUUGCAUAUAGAAUGUGGACGAUAGAUGAUGAUUCAGUUGUUGAUGAUAUCACUUUUAUAUUAAUAUUUAUUUAAAAUUAAUGA